UGAGAGAGUGUGCUACCUGGGCCGACGCGAUGAAAGCUGUCACGGAGGCUGAGCCCUCCCUGAAGGAUGCACAGAGAACGGGCAGCUGUCUCCGGGAAGAUCCGAGCCAUCAGCAGGAGCUGAAACUUUACUGUAAAACCCACCGGCAGAUGCUCUCCGAGACCUGCAGAGCCCACAGGAACCACGAGGUGGUCCCUGUCCAAGAAGCAGCUCAGGAGCUGAAGCAGGAACUGCUGCAAACUUUACUGUGUCCACUCCAGAACAAGAAGAGGGAAUGCAGUAUCACAAAGAAGACCUACGAGAGAAGGUUAGCUUGCAUUAAGCAGCGAACAAACGAGGCAGAGCAGCACGUGAAAAAAGAGUUUGACAAACUUUACCAGUUUCUGCAUAAGCAGGAGAAGAUUGCCUUGCAGAAACUGAAGCAGGAAAAGAAGAAAAAGACCCUGUUGGUGAAGGGAAAGAUUGAGAAGAUAACCGAAGAAAUAGCAGUGCUGUCCGCCUCCAUUCAGGAGAUGCAGCAGUUACUGGGAGAAGAGGACCAUGUGUGGUUUCUCAGAAGAUAUCCAGAGAUGGUGAAAAGCUGCAGAGUGAAAAGACCUACCCCAGCUCCAGUGAAGACUGGUCCUGUUAUCAAUGUAGAGAAGACCAUUGGAUCUCUGCAGUACCGAGUCUGGAAGAAGAUGUUGACAGUGAUUAGCACAGCUCCAGUGACCUUGGACCCUUGUACAGCUCACCCAUAUCUCCUCCUGUCCGAAGAGUUCACGAGUGUGAGGCACACCAUGAAAAGACAGCAGUCACCCUCGGACUCCCCACAGAGAUUUGAUCCUUGCCUGUGUGUCUUGGGACGUGAGGGAUUCACAUCUGGGGUACAUCACUGGGAGGUGAUGGUGGGGCAAAAGACCGAAUGGGAUGUCGGUGUGGUCAGAGAAUCUAUCAACAGGAAAGAGGCCAUUGACCUGAAUCCAGAUUCCGGAGGCUGGAUUAUCGCAUUGAGAAAUGGAUAUCAGUACAGAGCUGCUACCAAAACAUGGAAACACUUAGAUCUGAGGGAGAAACCAAGGAAGAUCCAAGUCUGUCUGGAUUAUGAGGGAGGGAAGGUGUCCUUUUAUAACUCAGAGAAUAAGACCCUUAUCUACACUUUCACUGCGAUAUUCACUGAGAAACUCUAUCCCUUCUUCAGUCCUGGUCGAAAUGAUGGUGGUAAAAAUGCUGAACCACUGAAAAUCUGUCCCCGUAGAGUAAUAAUCCAAGAGGAAUAGAAUUUUUGUUUGAAUCAAAGGGAAAUUUUGCAAAUGCUGAAAAUGGGAAAUGAAAGCAGAAACUGAAGUGGAUUAGGCAGCAUCUGUACGAGAGGAAUGACAUCAGUCUUCCAGAUACUGCAGUCAUAAAGUGUGCAAGUUUGACAACUUUACUCCCUAACGAUAGCUUCUGUUUUCUCUUGGCGUGUACACUUCCUGCACCUUCAUCUCUUGUUCCUGUUCUUGUCCUGUUACUAUCCCAUGUAGACUGGGCUCAUCAUUGUUUCCACCAUCUCCUGCCUCCCAUCCUAUCAUAGUAACUGAAAUAACUCCUCAGAGGCCGGACACCAUCACCCUUUAUUUACAUGUGGAGAGUCCUUGAACUGAUUCGGUUCCCUCCGAGCCUGCCCUCAGAGUAAACAGAACCUCGAACAUUUCUGUUUAUUUGUUUUUUUUCUCUUCUUCCUCAGAGGCAGCUCUCAAGUGAACAGAACCUUUGUCACCAUGUUUAUUUUAAAUUUAUUUUUCUCUUUUUAUUCUAUUACGCCCACACUGCUGCCUAACUGUGGUAGUGUAUAUGUUUCCCCCAGCACCCAUGUUGUGGGUGUGCAGGUGUGAGACACAGUGAAAGACACAAGGUGCACGAUUCUUUAUUCAGUUUCCACCACCAGGAAGAAAGGAAACACCCGAGUGGCCAGUGACAAGCCGUGCCCUUCACCUCAAAGGGCAAUGCUGUGAUCAAACAGUGAAGGGGAGGCCAGGGAUUAAAUCAAAAUAGAGUUAAAGGGAGAAAUAAUAUGCCCCACUCCCUGCAGUGCCCACCUCUCCCUGAACACUCUUGUUCACUUAUUUAUUUAUUUUUAAUUACCCCCACACACCUGCCUAACUGCGGUAGUGCUUAUUUUUUUCCCCAGCACCCAUGUCGUAUGUGUACAGGUGUGAGACACAGUAAAAGACAUAAGGUGCACAAACCUUUAUUCAAAUAUCCACCAUCAGGAAGAAAGGAAACACCCGAGUGGCCAGUGACAAGCAGUGCCCUUCACAUUAAAGGGCAAUGCUGUGUGAUCAAAAAGUGAAGGGGAGGGCAGGGAUUAAAUCAAAAUAAAGUUGAAGGGGGAAAUAAUACACUCCACUCCCUGCGGUGCCCACCUCUCCCUGAACACUCCUGUUUAUAUCUGUCAGCCAGGGCUCCCUGAUUGGACCCAGUUAACAGCCCUAAUCAGGGAACUCAUAUUCCAUGAGGGCUACCUUGUUACAAUCAUUAUAUUACCCUCCUCUAUGUACCCCUCCCUCCAUACCUAUCAAAAACAUGUCAUUCCCCUAACAUCUUCUAUCUUUGAAAAAGGGCCUGGAGGGCGAACUCUGUCUCCCUCUCUCUGCAGAUGCUGAGUAUUUCUAGCAUUUGAUGUUUUUACUUUAGUAGCAUUUCUUUCUGAAGUCGAUCAGGAAACACAAGACUGAUAAAGGGAUAGCUGUAUGCUGUUUUUCAGGGUCUUUCUCUAAAUAUCUGAGUGAUAUAAAUAUCUUUUUACCUCCUCCAGAUUCCAGAGUUCAGGAAACCAAUGUGUAAGCAAUUGUUUGUUUUUAAUAUUGGGAUAUGUUUUCAGAAUAUUAAGUAAAAUGGUUCUAACCGAUUGAUAUUAAUAUUUCAAAGAAUGACCCAGCACAGAAGAAUCUUCCAUCCUAUUGCCUGUUCCACUUCUUUGGAAGACCAUUCUAUGAGCCAAUGCUCCUGGUCAUUUUCCUUUGUGACACUGAAAACAUUUCUACUUUGAGGAUUAGCCCAAUUCCUUUUUGAAAGUUGGGCUCAUUGUUUUUUAAGCUUAACUGUGGCUAUAUGCCAAGGGACAAAAGUGAGGACUGCAGAUGCUGGAAUCAGAGUUUAGGCUGGAGUGAUGCUGGAAAAGCACAGCAGGUCAGGCAGCAUCCGUGGAGCAGGAAAAUCAACGUUUCGGGCAAAAGCCCUUCAUCAGCAAGCCCUUACAGCGCCACUCUAAUCUAGACUCUGCUUCCAGCCAAUAUCCAGGAGGGAGAAAGUGAGGACUACAGAUGCUGGAGAUCAGAGCCGAGAGUGUUGUGCUGGAAAAGCACAGCAGGUCAGGCAGCAUCCGAAGAGCAGCAGACUCGACGUUUCGGGCAUAACUGAUUCUCCUGCUACUCAGAUGCUGCCUGACUUGCUGUGCUUUUUCAGCACCAUACUCUCAAUUCCAGCCAAUGUCACCUUGCUGAAUAAUAUCACCAAUGAGGCGCUCCAAGACAUCUUCCUUAUCUGUCGAUACAAUGUGAGACAUUGAGAAUUCACAUCAUCUCGAGAAGGACUUGAGCGUGAUUUUCAGAAACCCAAUGUUCGCAUGCUGACAGAGGGCUAAAAGCAGGAGGGCUAAAAGCAGUUACUCCAGAAGUUGCUCAGAGUCUGGAUACUUGUUUGAGGUUCUGUCAAAGCAGAGACACAUACAUCACGAGUAUCCCAAACUCAACAACAAUCCAGAAAUUGUAAUAAGGAAAGGCCACAAACAAUUGAGUGUUGAGAAUAAUUUUAACCAAGCUCUAUAGGCAGGGACGUCACAGGUUUGGAUGGAAUUCUGAUUGAGUUCAAUAAUAAGUAAAAUUGUAUGGAGUACAAAAAC